AUGGCCGCGGCGGCGGGCGGCGGCGGGGUAGGGGCGGCGGCGGGCGCCGCGGGCGCGGGAGGUGCGGCGACGGCCGCGGGCCUGGCCGUUUAUCGGCGGAAGGACGGUGGCCCGGCCAGCAAGUUUUGGGAGAGCCCGGAGACGGUGUCCCAGCUGGAUUCGGUGCGGGUCUGGCUGGGCAAGCACUACAAGAAGUAUGUUCAUGCGGAUGCUCCUACCAACAAAACACUCGCUGGGCUGGUGGUACAGCUUCUUCAGUUCCAGGAAGAUGCCUUUGGGAAGCAUGUCACCAACCCGGCCUUCACCAAACUCCCGGCAAAAUGUUUCAUGGAUUUCAAAGCUGGAGGCACCUUGUGUCACAUUCUUGGGGCUGCUUACAAGUAUAAAAAUGAACAGGGAUGGCGUAGAUUUGAUCUACAGAAUCCAUCCCGAAUGGAUCGGAAUGUUGAAAUGUUUAUGAACAUUGAAAAAACAUUGGUGCAGAGCAACUGUCUGACCAGACCCAACAUCUACCUCAUUCCAGACAUUGAUCUGAAGUUGGCUAACAAAUUAAAAGAUAUUAUCAAACGACAUCAGGGGACUUUCACUGAUGAGAAGUCAAAGGCUUCCCACCACAUUUAUCCGUAUCCUUCCUCACAAGAGGAUGAAGAGUGGUUGAGACCGGUGAUGAGAAAAGAUAAGCAGGUGUUAGUGCAUUGGGGGUUUUACCCAGACAGCUAUGAUACUUGGGUCCAUAGUAAUGAUGUUGAUGCGGAAAUUGAAGAUCCACCAAUUCCAGAAAAGCCAUGGAAGGUUCAUGUGAAAUGGAUUUUGGACACUGAUGUUUUCAAUGAAUGGAUGAAUGAGGAGGAUUAUGAGGUGGACGAGAACAGGAAGCCCGUGAGCUUUCGUCAGCGAAUUUCAACGAAGAAUGAAGAGCCAGUCAGAAGUCCAGAGAGAAGAGAUAGGAAAGCAUCAGCUAAUGCUCGAAAGAGGAAACAUUCGCCUUCCCCUCCACCUCCUACACCCAUAGAAUCCCGGAAGAAGAGUGGAAAGAAAGGCCAAGCUAGUCUUUAUGGGAAGCGCAGAAGUCAGAAAGAGGAAGAUGAGCAAGAAGAUCUUACCAAGGACAUGGAAGACCCAACACCGGUACCCAACAUAGAGGAAGUGGUGCUUCCAAAAAAUGUGAACCCAAAGAAAGACAGUGAAAACACACCUGUUAAAGGAGGAACUGUCGCAGAUCUAGAUGAGCAGGAUGAAGAAACAGUCACAACAGGAGGAAAGGAAGAUGAAGAUCCUAGCAAAGGUGAUCAAAGUCGUUCACUUGACCCUGGAGAAGAUAAUGUGACAGAGCAGACCAAUCACAUUAUUAUUCCUAGUUAUGCGUCGUGGUUUGAUUAUAACUGUAUUCAUGUGAUUGAACGGCGUGCUCUUCCUGAGUUUUUCAAUGGAAAGAACAAAUCCAAGACUCCAGAAAUAUACUUGGCAUAUCGAAAUUUUAUGAUUGACACAUAUCGCCUAAACCCCCAAGAAUAUUUAACCAGCACUGCUUGUCGGAGGAACUUGACUGGAGACGUGUGUGCUGUGAUGAGGGUUCAUGCCUUUUUAGAGCAAUGGGGGCUUGUUAAUUACCAAGUGGAUCCAGAAAGUCGGCCCAUGGCAAUGGGACCUCCUCCUACUCCUCAUUUUAAUGUAUUAGCUGAUACCCCCUCUGGGCUUGUGCCUCUACAUCUUCGAUCACCUCAGGUCCCUGCUGCUCAGCAGAUGUUAAAUUUUCCUGAGAAGAACAAGGAAAAACCAAUUGAUUUGCAGAACUUUGGUCUUCGUACUGACAUUUACUCCAAGAAAACCUUAGCAAAGAGUAAAGGUGCUAGUGCUGGAAGAGAAUGGACUGAACAGGAGACCCUUUUGCUCCUGGAGGCCCUGGAGAUGUAUAAGGAUGAUUGGAACAAAGUGUCAGAGCAUGUUGGAAGUCGUACUCAGGAUGAAUGCAUCCUCCACUUUCUGAGGCUUCCUAUUGAGGACCCAUACCUUGAGAAUUCGGAUGCUUCCUUGGGGCCCCUGGCCUACCAGCCUGUCCCUUUCAGUCAGUCAGGAAACCCAGUCAUGAGCACUGUUGCUUUUUUGGCAUCUGUGGUGGACCCUCGCGUGGCAUCUGCUGCAGCAAAAGCAGCUUUGGAAGGGGCUGAAGAGGAAAAAAUGGAAACAGAUACUGAUGGUCAACAGCCUGAAAAGGCAGAAAACAAAGGGGAAAAUGAAACAGACGAAGGGGACAAAGCACAAGACGGAGAAAAUGAAAAAAAUAGUGAGAAGGAGCAGGACAGUGAAGUUAGUGAGGAUACCAAAUCAGAAGAAAAGGAAACUGAAGAGAACAAGGAACUCACUGAUACUUGUAAAGAAAGAGAAAGCGAUCUCGGGAAGAAGAAAGUAGAACACGAAAUUUCCGAAGGAAAUGUGGCCACGGCUGCCGCAGCUGCUCUCGCCUCAGCUGCAACCAAAGCCAAGCAUCUGGCUGCUGUGGAGGAAAGAAAGAUCAAGUCUCUGGUGGCCCUCUUGGUUGAGACACAAAUGAAGAAAUUGGAGAUCAAACUUCGACAUUUUGAGGAACUGGAAACUAUCAUGGACAGAGAGAAGGAAGCUUUAGAACAACAGAGGCAGCAGUUGCUCACUGAACGCCAGAACUUCCACAUGGAACAGCUGAAAUACGCUGAAUUACGAGCCCGGCAGCAGAUGGAACAGCAGCAGCACGGGCAGAACCCUCAGCAGGCACACCAGCACUCAGGAGGACCUGGCCUGGCGCCGCUUGGAGCAGCAGGGCACCCCGCCAUGAUGCCCCAUCAGCAGCCCCCUCCCUACCCUCUGAUGCACCACCAGAUGCCACCACCUCAUCCACCGCAGCCAGGUCAGAUACCAGGUCCAGGUUCCAUGAUCCCUGGGCAGCCCAUGCCAGGCCGCAUGAUUCCCACCGUUGCAGCCAACAUCCACCCCCCCGGAAGUGGCCCAGCCCCUCCUGGUAUGCCUCCAAUGCCAGGAAACAUCUUAGGACCCCGGGUACCCCUCACGGCACCUAAUGGCAUGUAUGCCCCUCCGCCGCCGCCGCCGCCGCCGCCGCCGCCCGCUGAUGGAGUCCCUCCGCCUCCCGCUCCAGGCCCACCAGCCUCGGCCGCCCCCUAG